AUGCGUAAAAGCGGAUUCAUAUGGUUGCAAUGGUUGCAAAACCGCGUUUCGAACGCGUUUGUUACGGUUUUAAUUUAUUCCUUUACAAUUUUAAACAUUAAUUUAGUGCUACCGGGGGGCACGAAAAGCUUUAAUAUUUUAAUUAAUUGGUUUUUUAAAUUUGCAAUGCAAAUACGCGUUGGGAAAGGGUUAAAAGCAUUAGUUAUAAUAAUAUUAUUGCUAAUUUUAGGGCGGUUAGUAACCGUUCCGCCGCUUUCGGGGUUAUUAGCGCUGCUAGCAACCGCGCCCAAUAAAAACAAAAAAAAUUUAAUUAAAAAACGGCAUUUAGCAAUACCGCAACCAUUAAUACCAAUUUUAUUUUUGUUCCAAAUUAUAAAGCUUCCGCUUUACUUUUACUUUAACCGCUUGCAUUUUAACCAGCCCGGCCCGGCUUUAUACCGGUCCCGUUUAACCUUUUUACAACCGGAAUUACGUUUACAUUUAGCCAACCAAUUAAUAACAAUAACGAUUUAUAAAAAUAAACAUAUUAUAUUAAAAUAUAAAAAAAAGCAAAAAAAAAGCAUUUUUCCCUUUUAUAACAAUAAAUAA